GUCACCAUAAACGGAGGCGUUUUCUUGCCCAAUUAUAUAAAAACACCGUACCCUCCCCCUUAUCUUCUCCGCACCUUCUCUCUCUCUCUCUGUCCAGUAAAUCUAAGCUUCUUAAUGUCCCCUCAGAUCUGAAUCCCUUUUCUCUUCCCCGUGGAAAACAGAGUGAAUUAUUAUUAUUUAUUUAAAAGAGAAAAAAGGACGAGCAAGGACCAAGAAGAAUGGCGUACUCGUUUCCGGAGGAAGUGUUGGAGCACGUGUUCUUCUUCCUGAGCUCCGACAAGGACCGGAACUCCGUUUCCCUGGUCUGCAAGUCCUGGUACGAGAUCGAGAGGUGGUGCCGGAGGAGGAUCUUCGUCGGCAACUGCUACGCCGUCAGCCCCGCCAUCGUGAUUCGCCGCUUCCCGGAGGUCCGAUCGGUGGAGCUCAAGGGCAAGCCCCACUUCGCCGACUUCAAUCUGGUCCCCGACGGCUGGGGCGGAUCUGUCUUCCCCUGGGUCGCCGCCAUGUCCCGGGCUUACCCCUGGAUCGAGGAGAUUCGCCUCAAGCGCAUGGUCGUCACCGACGAUUCCCUGCAAUUGAUUUCCAGGUCCUUCAAGAACUUCAAAAUCCUCGUCUUGGCCAUUUGUGAGGGAUUCACUGCUGAUGGCCUCUCUGCCAUUGCAGCUAAUUGCAGGAAUCUGAAAGAACUAAGCCUGCGAGAGUGCGAAAUAGAUGACCUGAGUGGGCAAUGGCUUAACCAGUUUCCAGACAACUCAACCUCACUGGUGUCUCUUGACAUAACUUGCCUGGGCUGUGAGGUGAGCCUCUCUGCUUUGGAGCGUCUGGUUUCUCGUUGCCCCAACCUGAGAACUCUUCGCCUCAACCGUAAUUUCCCCCUAGAGAAUCUUCCAAGCCUCCUUCGCCGUGCUCCCCAGUUGGUUGAGCUGGGGACAGGUGCCUUCUCUGGGGAGGUCCAUUUGGAGGCCUUUUCCAAUCUGGCAAAUGCCUUCUCUGGCUGCAAGCAACUUAAGGGCAUCUCUGGGUUCUGGGAUGUGUCCCCCGCUUUCCUUCCAACCAUUUAUUCGGCCUGCCAUGGAAUUACCUCUUUGAAUUUGAGCUAUGCCACAGUCCAGAGCCCGGACCUUGUAAAGUUUGUAAGCCAGUGUCACAACUUGCAGAAGCUAUGGGUUCUGGAUUUCAUUGAAGAUCAUGGCUUACAAACUGUUGCUGCAUCAUGUAAGAAUCUUCAAGAGCUUAGGGUCUUCCCUUCCGACCCUUUCGUAGUGGAACCAGACGUGAUCCUGACAGAGGAGGGCCUCGUGGCCAUCUCGGCGGGCUGCCCCAAGCUGCAGUCAGUGCUAUACUUCUGCAGGCAAAUGACAAACAACGCACUCGCCACCAUUGCCCGGAACCGCCCGAACCUGGUCCGGUUCCGGCUCUGCAUCAUCGAACCGCGAGCCCCCGAUUACCUCACCCUAGAACCGCUGGACUCCGGUUUUGGAGCCAUCGUGGAACACUGCAAAGAGCUGAGGAGGCUUUCCCUGUCUGGGCUGCUCACUAACCGUGUGUUCAAGGCCAUCGGGACCCACGCGAAGAAACUAGAGAUGCUCUCUAUAGCUUUUGCGGGCGAAAACGACCUUGGCCUCCACUAUGUGUUGUCUGGGUGUGACAGCCUGCGGAAGCUGGAGAUUAGGGACUGUCCCUUUGGAGAUAAGGCACUCCUGGCCAAUGCUGCGAAGCUGGAGACAAUGCGAUCCCUUUGGAUGUCCUCUUGCCCGGUAACUUUCGGAGCAUGUAAGCUUUUAGGAAAAAAGAUGCCCCGGCUUAACGUCGAGGUCAUAGACGAGAGAGGCGUGCUGAACCAUAAAAGAACCGAGGACGAACCGGUUGAGAAACUAUACAUAUACCGUUCGGUUGCUGGCCCGAGGCCGGACAUGCCCUCUUUUGUCUGGAAGAUGCAUCCUUGAGGUUUGAUUGUGGUACAGUCACACCAAGUUUGACACUCAAGUUUGACACCAGGUGUUUCACAUACGUGUACAGACAGUUGUUAUCUGUGGUGCACAGAUAAUCAUUGUCCGUGCAUGUGUAUGAAACGCAUGGUGUCAAACUACAUUUACACGGAUCCCUUCUGCAUAUGCAAACUCGAUGAGAAUGAGGUUUCUGCGGUUGAAGAGCAUUAGGUGGGGGGGGGGACGUCGGGCAGGGAAGGGCAGGCCGGGCAGGGAAGAGUUUCGUUCAUGCCCCUGAAGAAUGUGGGUUGGAGACUUGGAGGGAGGGAGGAGGCUAUGGAGUUCGAAUGCCCAUUUCAUUUUGUAUUGUUAUCAUUAUUACUUGGCUAAGCUUAAGCUUAAAGUACAUCAUUUAUUAGCUAAAAUAAUAAAGAGUCAUGAGAACUAUAGACAUCAAUUAUUUCUCUUUGUAUUAUUAAGAGGCUUUUUUUCCAAGUGCAGAGACAAAAAUGUCACUCCACUGUAUUAUUCAUGAAAUUUUCUAUUUGGUAUAUAUCUUAGAAAAAUGAUACUCCAUACUUGUAAACUG